GUGGAUUCACAUUCAGACACACUCGUCCUCUUUGCAGUUACAAAAUAAGGAGGCAAAGAGAACAGUGGGCAGUAGCUGCAGCACUGCAAUGGAGAACCCAAUGAGGAGGACAUAUAACAGGCAGAAAAUAUCAUUUAUACCAAAGUUUUCUCAGGUUUCCUUCAACAGUGAUGGACAUUUUAACUCUCGCUAUGAAAUAUUUGGACAAGAUGGAGAUGGAUCUAACCGACGGGCCAUUCUGUGUCUGGGACUGCUGAAUGUUGUUCUGCUGAUAGUUGCUGUUGUUAUUGGGAUCAACUGUGCCAAAGUCAAAGAAGGUUCCGUCCAGGUUUCCCACUCAGCUGCAACACAGCUCGUCAAUGAGCUGGACUAUCUCCGUAAUAACCACAGCGAUGUGAUCGAGGCUGAAGAGGAGGCCAAGAAGGCGUUAGAGAGGGCGCUCAAAAACCACGCAAAGCUAAAGGUGCAAAUCGAGCAGCAGAAGACCAUCAAUGACAAUUAUCAGAGACAGAUUGAGGGACUGCGAGCAGAGAAGACAAAUCUGCAGUCCAAUAUAUCAGCUUUGGAGGGAAGCUGUGGCAGAUGCCUCUCUGGAUGGAUUCUUCUUGACUCAACCUGCUAUUUCAUUUCUUACUCUGAAGCCCCUGCUGUCAAAAAGAACUGGCCAGAUAGUAGAGCAGACUGUAUUAGUCGUGGGGCCGACCUGGUUGUGAUUGAUAACCGGGAGGAGCAGAAAUUUGUGAGUGACACUAUCCAAAAUAAGAAAACCAGUUCCAAGAGGUCGGAGAACGGAUUCUGGAUCGGUCUCACUGACAUAGAGGAAGAGGGGACAUGGGUCUGGAUCAAUAAUGUCACUGAGUUGGAACAAAGGUACUGGAUGGAUGGAGAACCAAACAACAUCGGGCACAAGGGAGAGAAUUGUGGGGUUGCAGUUUAUAGCUCCUCCAAUCCCUGGAAGACUCGGUUUGAUGGGCCGUGCCAUGGGAAAAAGUUACACUGGAUAUGUGAAAUACCAUGUGCCAAAGCCAAAGACCUUCAGAUUCCUUAUUCAGUUCUCCACAAUAGCAGUGAUAUCAUCAGAGCUAAUCUGGAGGCCCAGGCAGCAUUAAAGCGAGAGCGCACCAGCCACCUGCAACUAAAGCUGCUGGUGAAGCAUAGGAAGACUGUCACCGAUGGCCUUCAGAGACAGAUGGAGAGUCUACAGACAGAGAAGACAAAUCUAAAGAUUAACAGAACUACUUUAGAAUCACGUCAGACUGCUCUCAUCUCAACAGUCAAAAUGGAGGACAAAGAAAAUGCAGAUGGCACUUUUGAAGCCACAUAUAACAAACUGAUUUGUCAGGAGAACAUAAGCACAGAUGAGCACCCUCUAUAUCCAAACCAAGAGAAGCGACAAGUGUCCAUGUCCAUGGUGAGACCUGAAUCCUGUAUGAAUCAUUACAGACUGCUUGCAGUGAGCUUGGCAGUGCUCGCUGUCAUUCUUCUAGCUGUUGAUAUUGGCCUGGGAGUCUAUUAUAACAAACUUACUGGUGGGCACCAUACCAUAAGGGACAUCAACAGCGAGAUGGCCAAACUGCAGGAUACUUACAACACUGCAAUCCAACGCAAGGAUGAAAUGAGGAAACAGUUGGCAAGAGAACUCACUGAGCAGCAACGUACCAAGUGGGAGCUCGAACAUCAGACUAGAAGAAACAAAGACUAUGAAAAGCAGACUGAAAAUCUUCAAUACGAAGUUGCAGUGUUGAGAUCCCACCUACCGAUGAUUGAGGAGGGCUGCAGACACUGUUUGCCCGGAUGGACUUUGAUGAACUCAGUGUGUUACUUCUUCGCUUUCUCUGAUGCUAUGCCGAGCAGAUCCUGGCUGGAAGCCAGAAAUUUCUGCAAGAAGCAAGGAGGCGACUUGGCAAUAAUAGACAGCACAGAGAAACACCUGGCAGUAAGUGAAUUGAUAAAUAACUACCGUGACGCCACGAAACCCAUAACCCAGAGUGGCUUCUGGAUCGGACUGAGAGAUAUAGAGGAGGAAGGGAUGUGGAAAUGGCUGGAUGGAACAAAACUGAUUGAGGGGUACUGGAAUGAUGGAGAGCCCAACAACCAGUAUGGUGAGGACUGUGCAGCUACGUAUCCCAGAGACAACCCCUUUAAGGCCUGGAACGAUGCUCCCUGCAAUUAUGAACUGAAAUGGAUUUGUGAAAUGGCACCAAGGUCUGCGGGUUAAUGUUUUUUUUUUUAAAACCAUGUUAAGUUUUAGUUUAAUUGUUUGAAUAAAAAUUAAGUCCAUCUUAG